AUGUGCCGCGGUUCGGCGAGUGAGACCUCGAGCCGCGGCGUGGGCCGCCUCGUUGCCCGCAAGCGGGACGUCGCUGGACAGCGCAAUGAUAAUGCCAUCGACCUUGUAACCUCUGUGCAACAACAGAAAUACCUCAAGCGCAUCUCGGUUGCAAUGUUCCUCGAUGUGAAAGCAAGUCAUGGAGUCGCUGGUAUCCGUGGCUAUCGGCUCUUCAAGGGCCCCCUGGGCACCGGCAUCAGUCAGCGCCUUGGUGGCGGCGGGAGCUUGAGCAUGGGAGGUUUGAACAGCUUUGGAGGAUUCGGACACUCUGGUGGUGGCUUCGGCAGCGGUGGCUUCAGCACCGGCAGCUUCGGGGGAGGCGGUUUCGGUGGUGGAAGCUUCGGAGGCGGCGGCGGCAAGCGACAUCAAGUCUACAUUGUGGAAUAUGUCCGAAACAAUCAGAAGGGCCACGGUUCUGGCUUCGGCAAGUCGUCAGGAGGAGGCUUCGGCACGGGGCCUAUCUAUAUCAUCCAGCAGAUUAGCGGCGGUGGGGGGUUUGGUGGAGCUGGUUUCGGCGCAGGGUGGAAGCCCGGGGGUAUGGGUGGAUUCGGUGGUGGUGGAUGGAAGGCCACUGGGGGUGGUGGUGGUGGUGGGUGGAAGGCGACUGGAGGUUCCGGUGGCGUGUGGAACAUGGGAGGUGGCUUCGGUGGCGGCUGGAAGUCGGCAGGUGGUGGAGUAGGAGGAGGAUGGAAGACUGGAGGUGGAGGAGGUAUGAGUGAACCUACGUAG